GACGAUUCUCGCGACGUACGCGGCGGGGUUUCCGGAACCAUGGCGGCGAUGGGAAGCGGGGAGGCAGCGUCGGCGGUGCCGAUCGAUGAGUUCAGCAAAAUGCGGAUAACCGACGUCUGGAGUGUGCUGCUGUCUGUUCAGUGGUCAGAGCCAUGGCUGAUUGGACUGCUAGCUUUUCAUGCCUUUUGCUUUCUACUUACCUUGAUAACAAUUAAAUUCUACAAAUUUCAGAUUGCCCAUUUCCUUUUUAUGAUUGUGUUGGUGUACUGUGCAGAAUACAUUAAUGAAAUGGCAGCAAUGAACUGGAGGUUAUUUUCCAUGUACCAGUACUUUGAUUCCAAUGGGAUGUUCAUUUCACUCGUCUUUUCAACCCCACUUUUAUUAAACACAAUGAUCAUCGUGAUUGUGUGGGUGUACAGAACGUUGGCAACAAUGACUGAACUGAAGUCACUGAAGCAGAAAAGAAGUACAAACAAGGAAAAGGGAAAGAAAGCCAAAUAAGACAUUUUUAUUUCUAAAGUUAUUCUGAAGUCCUGUACAUCGUUGCCAAAUCAUCUGGGUUUAUCUUGUCUUCCACUCCAUACACAAGAUGCAAUACAGUGUGGAGCUGGAGGAACACAGCAGGCCAAGCAGCAUCAGAGGAGCAGGAAUGUUGACGUUUCGGGUCGGGACCCUACUUCAGAACACAGUGAUCAUCAUGGUAUGAGUUAUUCCCCUUCUGAAGAAGGGUCCCCUGAUGCUGCCAGGCCUGCUGUGUUCCUCCAGUUCCACACUGUAUUGUCUCUGACUGCAGCAUCUGCAGUUCUUGCUAUCGUUCAUUCCAUACAGUUGGACAAAGAAUAUCUUGAAUGUAAACCAGGAAGAUGGUAAAGAUUUUAUAUGGCGAUGAAUUGUUGUUUACACCCAUGCUAACUUUGUCACUCAUAUUAAUGAAUUGAGGAAAUACAGUCUUUGUUGCUAUAAAUCUCUCCCAUGGUAUCUUAGCACAGCAUGUGCUUCUUUGUUAAAUAAUGAGUGACAUGAUUAGAUAUCUAACAGGAUCAGUCAUAUGACAAAGUUGACCUUGAUUACUCAGCAUAGAGUAACUUGGGGUACAGUUUCUGUUUUUAGCACCACCAGUGCUAAAACUAAAACUGAUGGCUGGAAAAUGGUGAGUGACACUUGGUAUGUAACUCAGCAUAUGAAGCUUUUCAGCGGAAGACACAAUUUAGCUUUUUUGGAUAAUUUAUGCAUCAGUCCAGAGUCCUGUUUAUGUUUCACAUUAUGGUGAAUUCCAUGUUUUGAACACGUCCUUGAGUUGGUGCACUGUGCAUAUUAGAUUGUGUUAUUUUACAUCCACUUUAUUCAUCGGUUUCUUUAUCAAUGAUGCCUUUAUCUGCAACACAAUGUUUUAUAGUACAAAGAUAACUAUCCUGGAAAUGUAAGUCUAGCACUUGGUUUGAAAAUGUGGGUGUAUGUGAAGAGAUAUGCGUUACAAUGGUUAAUUUAGCUCUCACGAUAUGGGAUAUAGAGUAGAUAUGAGCAAAAUAUCUGAAAAGUUUGGCUGUUUGUCCAAAUUCUUGCUGGAGGUGAAUAGCCAAAAAAGGCAGUUCUAUUUGCAAAUUGAGAAGAAAAAUAACCUUUGCUGUCCACAUGGGAUACACCUGUACAGUUGGAUGUUGUGACUAAAACUACCAGAGAGUACAGUCCAGUAGUCCAGUGAAGGUUAUAUCAAUAAAAUUUCAAUUGUGGAAUAUUUCUGAAUCUUUGGAGAAUCUAGGCUGGAAUCCUCAGAUGGAUUGUACAGAACAAUAAUUUAACAUCUAUAUAUAACCAUUCACAGAAAUUCAUGUCCUCAAGUGAUUUAUGCAACUGAUGCAGACAACUUUUAUUAGGAAGGAACCUCUGUCCACAUCAGUUAAAUCUUCAAGGCUGGAGUCAGCCAAGAAUUUCCUGAUUGCCAUAUGUUUUUUGGUCCUUAUUGCUAAGUAUAUUAGAUAAUGGAAAGAUCACAGAUUUUCCGCUCUGUACAUCUUGUGUAAACACAUUUAUAAAUAUAUAUCAGAAAUGGA